GGGGCGGGCGAAGCGGUGACGAGGUGGCGAUAGGGCGGAGGAGCUGAGGCGGGGAGACUGGACCUCUGCGAGUGGGGAGCUGAGAGGCUGCGGGCCGCAGUUGGGUCCUGCAGAAGCUUCUGCGGACGGAGUCCCAGCGAUGGGCGAUGCACAGGCGGAAGGGGAGGGUCCGCGCUGCGUCGGCUGCGGCGGGCGCGUCAAGACGCUCUUCGUGCAGUAUUCCCCGGGCAACAUCCGCUUGAUGAAAUGCGAUAACUGCAAGGCUGUUGCUGAUCCCUACAUCGAGUGCGAGUUCAUGAUCAUCUUGAUUGAUCUGAUCCUGCACAAGACAAGGGCGUACCGCCAUAUUCUGUUUAAUAAGCUGAGCAUGGGAUCGUCUGUUGACAAGGGAAUAUUUUACCGGUCCACUUUGAUACAUAUUGCUCUUGACGCAUUCAGAAUAUCUUUUUCGAAAGGAAACAGAGCUGAUGGGGCUUCAUCCACGAGCAUUUUCUCUACAAUUUUCAAUUGCUUUGAGGUUAUUGGCGAUGCAUUGUUAGGGAACAUCAUAUUUGCGAUCAUAUUAUUCCUGGGAGUGCGGUUCAUUCUCAAACUAUCUUUCGACAUUACAAGGUAUAGAGAGGUUCUAUUCGCUGUCAUCAUUUCAAGCUACUUCAAGUUGUUUCUUUUCACAAUGAUGGUUUGGGAGUUUCCAUCAUCUGUUAUAUUCAUUGUUGAAAUGUUUGUUCUCUCAUCGAACGUUGUAGCCCUGAGAGGGGCUUUCUGCAAUCAAGAUCUCUAGUGAUGGGAUCAGACAGAUGUCCCCAGUUCUGCAUCGUAGUCGUUUCGCAGUUUCCAAAAGCCCACUGUUUUGGGGUCUGCCUCAUGGCGCAUGCAGCAAAAUACUUGACCGAGAGAUGGAUCCUCUGGAAGCCAUGAGCGUAAAACCAUCCAGAUCAUCCUUGAACUUCAAGCAGGGCCGUAUCAGUGGAUGAACUGGUUCUCCAAUCCGUCCCGCUUCUUGAACUCCUUCUAGCUCGCGGUGCAGCUCCACGCCGUGAUGAUGAGCUUAGGCUUUAGCUAAUCAUUUCGGACGAAUUAUUUGUAUGUGUUGCUCCCCACCACCCUGUUAGCAGUUAUGGUCUUCUGGACCAUGCUACAACUGCACACGGGCUCUUGGCAUUGUUGCUGCACUGCACACCUGUUGUUGAGCAAUCUUUUCCAUGUGUACUUGCCCCAAAGACGGAUAUGGCAUCUUACUUGUAGGUUGCCACUGAGGUGCGUGGCUGGUCUUUGGUCCCUUCCCCCCUACUAACGGCCUAGGUAGCCUCUGCAUCUCCUGCUGACGAAAACAACGCAGCAAAGAAAGGAUCUAUUCCCAUUGUGUUUCGCAUGGCAUGGAAGGGUUUCCUGGCUGUAGCUGCAGCCUGCAGCCUGUCCUUCAGUGGUGCGGUGCCUACUGCUAUCGCUCGUGUUGGGCGGCGCCACGGCAGCAGGCUUCCACUGGGAACAACGGCGCCCGGCACAUGACGGCAGCGAAGCGACCGGCAUCACCUGCCUCGCUGUGCACCGACAAUGGUUCUCUCCUAGCAUUUGAUUCUGUGAGGCUGACGCAUGACUUCGUGGCGAUAGUGACUGUAUCAGUGUAAGUUCACGAUUGUGUGGUGUAUGUACCGAACUACCGAUCACUUUACCCGAAAGCUUGCUCUAA